AUUAAUUAAAUUUUCGAACAAUAUCAUCUGUAAUACAGAGCAGUGUUUCGGUUUUUCAUAUAAAUACAAUGAACCGAUCGUGGUGUUGGGCCGUUUUGGUGUGGCUCGCAGUACACCGGGCAAAAUCGUCCUCGAACGUUUCAGAGAAUCCUAUACAAGAUCUUUUGCCAAGCCAACGAACACAAAGUUGGACAGCAGGCAUUAUCGAAGGAAUUCCAAAGAAAAACUGGACUACCUUGUCAGAGGUAUUGGAGAUUUUUAACGUGCACCACCUUGCCAGUAACUGGACCGAAGGGAAGUAUCCGGUCGAAGGACAAUGCGACAAAGAUGUGACAAGAUAUAUCGAAGGAUUGAGAAGAAACGAAGGAUGGGCAAUGAAAGUGGACGAUGCCUCGGGCAGAUACACCAAUGGUUUCUUCUGGGGAAACUCUUAUUACGUUGGUUCGUCAACCGAGUGCACUUAUAUUAACGAAGACUAUAGCAGAAAAAUGAAAAUGGAAGAGAUUGAAGAACGGAACGACGGUUUUAGUGGAAAUAAUCUCUGGAGUGAAACUAGAUCGGACAAAGCACCUUUCAAAUUGGGAUUUUAUAUGAUGACCAUUUCAGUAAACGUAUCACUCUCCUCUAUGACAAGAACCAUCUAUCUUGGAGUCUGUCUACCAUUUUCAUGCAGCGCUUCCGAUGUUUCCGUAAUAGCAAAACUCGCCGCGAGUCAAUUAGCAACCAAACACUCGUCCAUCGAGAAGAUUCGAGAUCAACGCGACAUGUACAACGUGUACGCGGACCCAGUCUUCUGGAUCUUAUUCGGUGUAAGCGCCAUGGUUAUCACUCUAAUGGCAAUUGGUACCGGCUACGACCUUUAUAUAACAAGAAAAUACACACGUGGUAGAAACGUGAUGAUGUACGAUUUAGAAAGACACGCUAAACUAGAACAACUGGCUGUUGGAAAUGAAAAGCCAUUAAGUGCUUUUCAAGGUAAGGUCUACCUUCCUGUUCCAGCAACUGAAACUAUCAUCAACGGAUCACAGUCAUUGCCGGUUAAUAACAACAAUGAUCACGAGGGUGGUAGCCUACGAUCGGAUAGUCCGCAAGUACAUCAAUUCACGGUCAUCGAAGAACUGAUGCUUUCGUUCUCGGUACGCGCCAACGUCAAAAUCAUCUGCGAUGACAAGGUUGGCGGUGACACUAUAAGCACUAUCCACGGUUUGAAGGCGAUAUCCAUGGCCUGGGUUAUCCUUGGUCAUACCUGCAUCACUGCCUUCAAAUACUCCGACAACAUGGAGUAUCGCAAAGUCGUAGAAAGGAAAUUUCUCUUCCAAACUAUUACCAAUGGAGCAUUCAGUGUCGAUACGUUUUUCUUUAUGGGUGGUUUACUCGUCAGCUUCUUGUACUUUCGAACGAACGCGAAAGGAGACUUGAAUAAAUUAACCCACGGUACCAGGGGUUUCAUAGCUGGGGGUCUCAAGUUCGUCGGACUUAUUAUGUACAGAUUCUGUAGACUGACAGCUCCGUACAUGUAUGUUCUUGGAAUGGUACAAGUCGCGAUGAAAUGGUUUCAUUCCAAUUCUGUCUUUGAACCACCAACAGCUGAUCAUUACAAUUGUCCUAAUUAUUGGUGGAGAAAUUUCCUUUAUAUUAAUACACUCUUCCCAGUCGAUCAAAUGUGUAUGAUUUGGAGCUGGUACGUUGCGGAUGACACGCAAUUCUACACAGUCGGUGCCGUAAUACUAAUCUUGGCUACUAACCAUUUCAAGAUUGCUACUUUCGCAUUGACCACUCUGUUACUUAGUUCCUGGUUAACCACGGGUUACAUCGCUUUGGUGAACAAUCAUAUGCCAAGCUCGGACGACCCGUUGGCAUUAUUCGAUAAAAUCUACGACAAACCGUGGACCAGACUAGGUCCCUAUCUCAUAGGCAUGUCGAUAGGAUACUUUCUUUUUAAGACUGAUUGCAAAGUGAACAUGUCAAAGACGACCGUCUUCAUUGGCUGGCUACUCUCUUCGGCAUGUCUUUUGAGCUUGUUGUACGGUUUGUACGAGACAGAACUUACUCCUAUAAUGUCAGCAGCUUAUUCCUCGUUAAGUCAUAGCAUCUGGGCGCUUGGUUUAUCAUGGAUCGUUGUCGCCUGCAGCACAGGCUAUGGAGGAUAUGUCAACAGCAUUCUGUCGGCACCGAUUCUCUAUCCGGUCAGCAGGAUAACAUACUGUGCUUACUUGGUGCAUCCGCUCGUCAUUCGAUUAACAGCUAUGAAUUUGGACUCACCGUUUCAUUUAGGAAACUAUACUAUGAUGAUUACUUUCUUCGGCCAACUGGUGCUCUCGUACUUGUUGUCCUUCAUCAUCUCGGUCUCCUUCGAGGCUCCUAUUGUGAGCAUGUUGAAAAUACUUUCUCCCAAAAAACGAAAGUGCAUACAAUGAGGCAGUGGUAAAACAUGUCUCGUAAAACUAUUUACACGUCUUUAUUUUAUGUUUUAAUGUAAUUAAUGUGAUGCAAAAAAAAGAAGAAAAAAAAAGAAAAGAAAGCAUAAACCAGUGAGAAAACGUUGACAUGUUACAAAUAUGGUGCAAGUCCAACACACAUUCCUUUGCAUUAAUGCAAAUACUUAGUCUUAAUUUUACUAAAAUAUUGUUACUUAUAAAAUAAAUUAUUUGUCUUUGUA